AUGGAGGAAGAACCUAAAUUCAAACUCCCAGAAAUUAUCGAUAACGAAAAUGGUUGGGGUCCUUCACCUCUCAUGUUGCCAGAAAAAUUCAGAGACAUUCCUUUUGCUCCUUAUAGCAAAGCUGAUAAAUUAGGAAGAAUAGCUGAUUGGUUUACACCAGAACAAAAAGAAAAGGAACAGACUGGUAGACAAAGAACAACUUAUCGUAGUUAUCGUGAUCAAUAUACGGCAUAUGGAUAUGGUGCAUCUAGUACUUUUGCAUAUACUCAUGCUGAUGACGAAGCAUCUUUUUCUGUUGUUGAUAAUCGAACCACACAUCAAAAAAAAUCUACUUCAUACAGAACUACUGGUGGUCAAGGACAACGUCAAUUCAGAAAUGGACAAUAUCAAAGACUUGGUACACAAAAUAGAAAUGCCACCGGCGGUAAAUUCACACCAGCAAAUAUUAGAAGGCGCUUUGGUUGGAAAGAUUAUGAUAAACCACAAAGAUCAAGAGAAUCUUCGGUUAAUGUUGGGCCUGAAUGGAAAGAACUUGAAGAAAUUGAAUUUAUUCGGUUAACUAAACUUAAUUUGGAUGUAGAUGAUGGCGAGGAUUUAUCUUCACAUGGAUUCAUGUAUUAUUAUGAUAAAAGCUAUGAUCUGGUUAGAACCAAAACUGAAAAACCAUUAUUAUCUAACGAGCGCAUUCGAUUUUUUACCACCACAUCCAAAGAUCCGAUUAUAGAACAACUGGCAAAAGAUAAUCAAGCAACAGUUUUUGCUACGGAUUCUAUUCUAAGUCUUCUUAUGUGUGCCCCAAGGUCUGUGUAUCCAUGGGACAUUGUAAUAAAUCGAGUUGGUGACAAACUUUUCUUUGACAAAAGAAAUAAUGAUAUUAUAACAGUAAAUGAAAAUGCAACUGAUCCACCUCUUGAAACAGGUGAUAAAGAUAAUAUAAAUUCUCCUAGUGCUUUAGCAUUGGAAGCAACAGAAAUCAAUAAUUUUUUUGCAUUACAAGUUGUUAACGAGGCUGAAAAACAUGAAUUUGAAAAUCCCAACCCAUUUAUUAAUUCCACGGAUGAAAUUGAAUACAUGGCACCAGGUGCAUAUAAAUAUAGACGGUUUGAUCUCAGUAUUAAUGAAGAGGAAGAUUUUGCAUUGAUUGUUAGAACUCAACUUGACUCAGUUGUCAAAACAUCAACUGGUGAUUCCUUUAUCACCAUAAAAGCUUUAAAUGAAUUUGACACACGUGCUCAAGGUGCAGGUGGUGCUUUAGAUUGGCGUCAAAAAUUAGAUACUCAGAGUGGUGCAGUUGUUGCUACUGAAAUGAAAAAUAAUAGUUGUAAAUUGGCAAGAUGGGCUGUUCAAAGUAUUUUGGCAAAAGCUGAUCAAAUGAAAUUAGGCUAUGUUUCUAGAGCAAAUCCUAAAGAUAAUACUCGACAUGUAAUCUUGGGGACUCAAGUUUACAAACCACGUGAUUUUGCCACUCAAAUGAACUUGUCUGUUUCCAAUGGAUGGGGAAUAGUUAGAACAAUCAUUGAUUUAUGUAUGAAAUUACCAGAAGGUAGAUAUGUAUUACUUAAGGAUCCUAACAAGCCUGCAAUAAGGCUAUAUUCUGUUCCAGUAAACUCUUUUGAGGAUGGUGGUGAGAAUAAAGGAUAUGAAAGUCGUAGUAUAUUUCAACAUCCUUUUAAUGUGUUGCCUAUUCCAGGCAUUCAUGUAGGCUUUUCGAUUAGAUCAGUAGAAAAAGUAGAAGAGGAAAAUGAUUUAGCAGAUAUUUCAAAAUUAUGUCGAUUACUUGAUAAACUGUUUGUACUUUUGGAUUUUAAUUUAAAAUUUGAUGAAAAAAUCCAAAAACCAAUGAUGGAUCUUAGAUUUCUAUGGAAAUAUGAGAAUCAGGACAUAAAGAUUGUUAAAGAAGAAAAAGAAUUAUUAUUUGAACAACAGCAUCAAAAAUUUAAAUUUAUAGAAACGCUGUUAACAGUUCCAAAUGAUCGUGUACCUCCUGCAUUAAAUUAUUCUUUCAAUUCUGUUCUGUCACCAAAUCAAACAUUUCAUACUAAUUUCCAUACCACUGUCAAGGGUGACAAUGAUGAAAUAAAAGGAAUGGAAGAUGAGGAAACUUGUAAAUUAUUAUUUAUUCAUAUCAUACCAAAUACUUUUAUUGUUGAUAAAUAUCAAUUAGAUGACUCAAAUGACAUAAAUGAUAAUAAAAGGAUUGAAAUAUUUGGUGAAAUGAAUCUAGAAAGUCCAGUUGGUGAUAAAUCAUUAAGAUGGGGCAACGUUGCAAUUAUUAUUAGUGUUCCAUGGCCUUUGGUAGUUUGUUUAUAUCCGUUAUUUUCACAAACACCAUUACCAUUAUCACUUUUUUAUAAUAAUAAAAGAAAACAAAUUAAAUAUAUUCUACCCAUACAACAAAACCAUUGGCCAAUAGAAUUAGUUAAAGUACCAAUUGGUCAAUUGAAUCAUUUAAAGAUUGUUGAACUAUGGACAAUAUUAGUUGUUCUAAUUGGAAGUUUUUGGAUUUUUUGGACUGUUUCAAAAAAAAUUGCUGCUAAAAACGCGCAAGAUAAAAAUAAAAUUGAUUAA